AUGGGAGUGGGAUUCUUCUUUAUGGAGUUUUCAUCUUCUUCUUCCUCCCAAUCUAAGUCCCAGUUGAUAGUAUAUGUUUGUCUUGUAGUUUUUGGUCUUUUCCAUUACCCCACAAUUACUGUAGAGGCUGCCGUGAAGAUACCUCCAGGCCAGACAAUUCCAGCGGUCAUCGUGUUCGGUGAUUCUAUAAUGGACACGGGCAACAACAACCAUCUUAAGUCUCUUAUUAAGUGCAAUUUCUCUCCUUAUGGAAGAGAUUUCCAGGGACACAAGCCAACAGGCAGAUUUGGCAAUGGAAAAGUGCCCUCUGACUUCAUAGAAAGUGGGAAUAAUGGGCAUAUUAUGUAUGCACUCGUUAAGAAACUUAUAUGGAAAACCUCCAAAUAUGAAAGAAUACCACACGUGCCGAAGAAUGGAAGAACUGGGAAUCAAAAGUAUUUGCCGGCGUAUUUAGAUCCUAGUCUACGGCCUGAAGAUCUGGCCACGGGAGUCUGCUUUGCUUCAGGUGGCACGGGAUACGACCCAAUGACACCCGAAAUAGUGUCAGUUAUAUCACUCUCGGAUCAGUUGUCAAUGUUCAAGGAGUAUAUAGGGAAGCUUAAAGGCAUUGUUGGAGAAGAGAGAACCAACUUCAUUCUAUCCAACGCUCUGUUUCUGGUGGUGGCUGGCAGCGACGACAUUGCCAACACCUAUUUUACCAUUCGCGUAAGAAAAGCCCAGUAUGAUAUUCCUGCUUACACCGACCUUAUGGUCGACUCCGCGUCUAGUUUCGUCAAGGAAUUGUACGGACUCGGCGCGAGAAGGAUUGGUCUGUUCAGUGCACCACCAAUAGGAUGUGUGCCUUCACAAAGAACAUUAGGUGGAGGAUUAGCAAGAGACUGCGCCGAAGAAUACAAUGAAGCAGCAAAGUUAUUCAACGCUAAACUUUCCCGGUCUCUCAACUCCUUAAACACAGCCCUCCCAAACAGCAGACUGGUCUACGUGGAUGUCUACAAUCCACUACUGGAAAUCAUUCUCAACCCUGCCAAGGAUGGGUUUAAAGUUGCGGAGAAAGGAUGCUGUGGAACUGGGGCCAUAGAGGUAGCAGUGUUAUGCAACAAGUACGAUGCCACGUGCGCAAAUGCAAGUGAUCAUGUGUUUUGGGAUAGUUACCAUCCCACAGAACGGACCUACAGUGUGCUGAUUCCCCCACUUCUCCGAAGAUAUGUAAACGAUUUCCUUGUUGGCAACUGA